AUGGAUUUAAUCAAUCUCUCAGCACACUUAUUUGGUUUCCUAGGCCCCAUUCUCCUCCUUGAGAUCCCCACUUUGGCCUCAGGGAAGUUCUCAGUGAUUGGACCUACAGGACCCAUCCAGGCCUCAGUAGGAGAAGUUGCAGAGUUGUCAUGUCACCUCUCUCCAGCACAAAGUGCAGAGCACAUGGAGGUGAUCUGGUUCCAGUCAACUCGAGUGGUGCAUCUCUAUCAAAAUGGGGAAGAUCAAUUCGGAGACCAGGACCCUGAUUACCAAGGAAGGACAGAGUUAGUGAGAGAUUCUUUCUCUAGUGGGAAUGUCACUCUGAAGAUACGGGAUGUGAGACUCUUGGAUGAAGGAAGCUACAAAUGUCAUUUUGAAAAUGGUUUUCAUCAAGAGGAAGCUGAUGUAAUGCUAAAAGUCUCAGAAUAUCUUACCCGGACCAGUCCCUGGAUGUGGGAAAUAAAUGGCAUCCUGGUUGUAUCUUGGGGAUUUGAAAUUGGAAUUGCCAUGUAUUUCCUCUGGAUCCUGCUAAGAUGCCAAGGGUUUUCUCACACGCAAGAGUCUGACAAGUUAGACUGGAUGGACUGGGUGACCUUUCUGAUCUCACUUUUCCUGCCAUGGAGAAUGGCCGUGACCCUUCUUACCCUGUUCAAAGGACUGUGCUGCUGCCCCAUCAAAGAUUGCUGCCAGGCUCCUGAAAGAAGCCCCAGCCCCAUUCCAAAAAGUCUCUGCUCUGUGGAUCCAAUGGCUGGCUGUGGGACCACACAGGCAGGCUUGGAGGAUGGCCUCUGACCUUGAAGAGAGUGAAAAGCCUCUCCCCAUGUGCUUUCCUGAUGUCAUGGAAGGCAGUUAACAAAGAACCUCUGAGGUACCACCUCAUACCUAUCAGAUUGGAUAACAUGACAGAAAAGGAAAAUGACAAAUGCCGCAGGAAAUGUGGGAAAAUAGGGAGAGUGAUGCACUGUUGAUGGAGCCAUGAACUGGUCCAACCAUUAUGAACAGCAAUUUGGAACUAAACCCAAAGAGCUAUAAAACUAUGUAUAUCCUUUGAUGUAGCAAAACCACUAUGAAGUCUCUAUCCAAAAGAGAUCAAAGGAAAAGGAA